AUGAAUGAAAACAAAGAUGUAAACAUUGACGAUAAACUUGCCCAGAGCAUAGUUGAUGGUAUCAGUGAUUUUGAAGUACAUAAUGACGGUGGAAACAUGAAUUUAGAAAAAGAAAUAACAUUAUUCACACUGUUUCAAGCUAUUAAUUCGUUACCUAAUCAUUUAAUUAAUGAAGCAUACAAUAACGUUUAUAACUUCUGCAGUUUAACAGAAAAUGCUAAAAGUAAUUUUGAAAAAGCACGUAGUAGAUAUGCACAUUUAAUGACUUCUCCAUUUGUUUUAGUGAAGAUUCUAAAACUAUAUCAAAAGGAAUAUUAUGAUGAAUACGUUUUACCUUUAUUACGUAAGCCAAAAAUAACAUUUGAUAUAAAACUUGAUGACUCGUUUUUGAUAACAGAUAUUAGACGCAAGGCUGAAAAUCAUCAGUAUAAAAACAGUUCUGAAGUAAUUGAGGAUUUAUCACAUGUAAUCCGUUUUGUAGAUUGUGGAAAUAAAUAUUUCAUUCAAAAGGACUAUAAUAUCCACGACAAAAUGAAUCAAAUAUCAUUCGUUCUUCAAUCAAACAUGAAAGAGUCACUUAAAAUGAUUAAAUUAUUUAAAGAAGAAGGUAAAACAAUAACAGCAUGGGAUGUACUACUAAAUCAAUUAUCCUCAUUAACCGUUAAGGGUGUUUGCUUUAAAUCUGAUUCCCCAGAUGUUUUCUCAACGUUUCAAGGUUAUAAAUACAACAUUCUCGAAAAACCAGAUUACUCAAAAAUUGAGAUGUUUAUGAAUUUCAUUAAAGAAGCCAUUUGUGAUAAUAACGAUGAAGUGUAUAAAUACCUACUCGGCUGGAUUGCAUCAAUGAUUCAACAUCCUGGAAUCAAGAAUGAAACAGCAAUUAUUUUGAAAGGACUUCAGGGAACAGGUAAAAACAGAUUUACAGACAUUAUUUCUGAACUUCUCGCUG